CAAUUCUCAGAAAUAACGUGAUGAAGUCGCAUCUGAUAUCAGAGUUGGAGUCGAGUAGAAAGGUGAAUCCGGUUGGUGUUGAUUGAUGUAUGUAAACUUGGGUUGUAAGCGUAGUUUAAGAUACACCUAACUGAAAGUGACAUACUCUUAUUGUUGGCUGUGUCUUCUCAGGUCUGAUUUUCCAGGUAGAUUUCAGCCAUUGUCAUUUCUGAUAUACAUAACGAACGUCUAACCAAGGGCAAGAGGUGGCAUUUUUCUUGAACUUUUGACGUGGUAUGUGUUGUUGACAAUGUUGGAAGCCCAUACAUUUGCUGGUUAUAUGCCCAUCAAGAUUGAGAUGGGCCAGACUAUUGGGCUUCCUUAACCCAUCUAAAUUCCAAAGAACACAUUUUCAUAGCCGGGGAUGGAGCCACGUAGAGGAAAACAUUGAACUUGUUGUGAACUUGUGAUAAAGCUCUCCACUCGGCUGUUUGGUGGUUGAUACUUGAUAUGAGAGCCAACUGUGAACCCCACAUAUCCAAAUCCACCAGCGCUUGGUCCUUGGUCUCGUUUCUACCAUCUUACUAAUUUGUUUGUAGUUCGUAUACCAGAAAAUUGACCUGGAAAUGUCACUAGCGCCCUCAAUUCCCCGCCUUCACUCUCCCUUCCUCUGCUGCCCCCUCAAGCUCUCCACGUCUCCUUCUUCUUUAUGUAUAUCCCACAAAUUUGCAGGAAAUCAACGGUCGCCCAGGUCCUAUCCAUGCAUUAGAGCUCUGGAUCUUGAUCAAAACACGGUUGUGGCAAUCUCAGUUGGGUUGGCGAGUGUUGCAGUUGGGAUUGGCAUUCCGGUUUUCUAUGAAACCCAAAUUGACAGUGCUGCAAAGCGAGACAACACUCAGCCAUGCUUCCCUUGCAGUGGAACUGGCGCACAAAAAUGCAGGUUUUGUACGGGAACUGGCACAAUCGUAGUGGAGCUUGGUGGGGAUGAGAAAGAAGUGUCUAACUGCAUUAAUUGUGACGGGGUGGGUUCGUUUACUUGCACCACAUGCCAAGGUUCUGGGAUUCAACCUCGCUACCUUGAUCGCAGAGAAUUCAAAGACGAUGACUGAAGUCUGCGAAGAAGAAGAACUGGGAUAUUGGAUUCUCUUCCAAGUUGAGGGAUGCUUAACUUAAAAGAGGAAUUAUAUAUAUUGAGAAGAAAUCUCGAGUGUUUUUGGUUAUUUUCUCUACUCACCUUUUCUACAUUGAUGUGUCCAAAUGCUUUCAUACCUUCAUCUGAUCCACGCAUGAUUGAUUCU